AUGCCUCCAAAGAAGAAUCAACCAGACAAGAACAAGGUCAAAGCCAAGGCAAAAUCAGCUGAAGACAAGGCCUUCGGUUUAAAAAACAAGAACAAAUCUAAAAAGGUCCAGCAACAAAUCAAUCAGAUGCAAGCUGGGAUCGAUGGAGGAUUAGCUAAAAAGAAAGAAGCAGAAGCCAAGAGGAAAGCUGAAGAGAAGCGAGCUGCUGAGCAGGCCAAGAAGGAAGCCGCUGCCUUAUUCGGUAUCCAACAACAAAAAGUUCCAUUUGGAGUUGAUCCCAAAUCGAUUCUUUGUGAAUUUUUCAAGCAGGGUCUUUGUACAAAGGGUAAUAAAUGUAAAUUCUCGCAUGAUCCUAAUGUGGGAAGAAAAGAUGCCAAGAGGGAUUUAUAUACUGAUAAUAGAGAAACUUCAAAGGAAGAAGAUACGAUGGAUAAUUGGGAUGAAGAAAAAUUAAGAAAAGUCAUUUCAUCGAAGCAUGGUAAUCCAAAAACUACCACUGAUAUUGUUUGUAAAUAUUUCAUCGAUGCCGUGGAGAAUGGGAAAUAUGGUUGGUUCUGGGUCUGUCCAAAUGGUGGUAAUGACUGUAAGUAUAGACAUUCAUUGCCUGCUGGUUUCGUAUUGAAGACUAAAGAACAAAAGAGAUUAGAAAGACUCGCGGCUGAAGCUGAACCAACCAUCACAUUAGAAGAAUUCCUUGAGUUAGAAAGAAGUAAAUUGGAUAAGAGUCAAUUCACCCCAAUAACAGCCCAAACUUUCCAAGAAUGGAAAAUUGAACAAAAUUCAAAGAAAGAAAAUCAAAGAAGAGAAGAUGAAAAGAGAGGUAUUAAGAGACCUCUUACAGGUAGAGAAGUCAUCUUGCAAAAGUUUGCCGACAAAUAUUAUGCCGAAGAAGACGAUGGUGGAGAAACUUGGGAUUUAUCACAGUUCAAAACUGAAUUGCCUGAGGAAACAGAUGAAGUCAUUAAAGAUUACGGAGAUGGUUCUAAUGCUCAAGAAUAUUAUCAACAAGAUGUUGAAAAUAAGCCAGAAUCAGUUGUUGAUUCUACAAACCAAGGUGAAGCUAUAUCCACCUAA